AUAAUACGUACAUUUGGCUAUGAGGGUGACAACAACAACAACAACAACAAAAUAUCAAAGAAAAUAACUUUUACUGUUUUAGCAACUUUUUACUUUUAGGAAGUAGAUCCAUAUCCAAAGGGUGUGUGAUUAUAGACUUGUUCAAGAAAGCUUUUGAUUGUGAUGCUCCCAGUUGUUUGAAAACAGUUUACAGACCCCACACUGGAUCAGCAAUUAAUGAGAGGAUGACAUCAAAUGUGAACUUCUUUGAUAGAUCAAAUAUAAAAAAUGGACAGAAAAGAAAAUUAGAUGACAAUCAGCUAUGUAAGACAGAAAAUGGUAGUUUAAAUGGAGCAAGUAGCAGUGGUAGCAAGCGUGUCAUACAGGACGGUUUUUCUUGGUGGACGUGUUUGAGUAUGGGAAUGCCUGCAGAAAACAGUCAACCCCAUUCUGUACCGAAACAAUCACAUUCUUGACAAGCUUACAAUCUCUCACACGCACAUAUAUAUUAUAUAUAAAUUUUAUUAUUAUUCAAAUUAUACUUUUUAUAUUCUUUUUAAUGCUUGUGCAAUAGAACUUUUGUCUCUUUAUUUUCAAUAUGUUUAUUUAUGUUAUUUUUGAUAAAAACCAGAUGUUUUAUCAAAAGAGUCAACAUUUUUCAACUCUUUUUCUGAUGCUUUUCAAAGAAUGUUAACCUGUUUCAUUUGCUUAUCUCCUGAAGCUUAGAAUGACUGUUUAAAUGUAUAUGUGAAAAUAUAUUUUUUUAUUAUUUUAUAAUGGCUUCAAAUCGAUAUGAUAUUGAAAAGAUAAAUUCCCAACUCGAUACAAAUCCUAAUUUAUAUACACUUUGCAAUCGGAAAUAAUUUAUAAACAAAGGACUUUGGGAUGUGAAAAGUGUUAGAAUGGAUUUAUUAAGAAGUAAACCAGAACGCCCCCUGGAUAGUGAUUGUUGUGGUCAGGGGUGUGAUCCUUGUAUACUUGAUAUUUAUGCAGAGGAGAUUAAAAUCUGGGAGGAAGAAUGCAGGCAGUUUCUAGCUGGUGAAAAGUUGUGCAAGAAGUUAACUUUACAAGUAAAAGAGGAAAGUGGACCAGUUCUUAAACCUUCAGAAUAUAACAACUUUACAAUAGAAUCUGUGGAAAAAGAGACUGGGGAUAGUUACAGGUACAGAUUUAAACUCCCAAAUGGAGCUAGUCUAGGUUUACAAGCUGGACAACAUGUGGUUGUUAGGGGAGAUGUAUCCAGAGAAAUCAUAACAAGACAGUACACCCCAGUCUCGGACACUGGAGCAAAGUCUUUCUUUGAAUUGCUGAUAAAGAUAUAUGAAACAGGCCGUAUGUCACAGUAUGUGAAGACAUGGAUUGUUGGGACAGAGGUUCAAAUGAGGGGACCUUGUGGAACAUUUGAAUAUCAACCAAAUAAGUAUAAGAGGUUGUAUAUGUUAGCUGUUGGUACAGGGAUAGCUCCUAUGGCUCAGAUAAUACAGACUGUGUUAAACAAUGAGGAGGAUGAAACCAUGGUAACAUUAUUAUAUGGCUGUAAAACAUAUCAAGAUAUUCUCCUGAAGACUGAGAUAGAUGACUGGUCCAGAUACUGGAACUUCACAUGUACAUAUUUCCUCAGUCAGGAACCUGAAUUUGAAAGCAAGGUUGCCUAUAAGUAUGGUGAUAAAGUGAUCCAAAGUAGAAUAACAUGUCAUACUGUACAUACUGUGAUACCAGAUGAGCAGGACAAUUUUCUUGUGCUUAUAUGUGGAACCAGGUCAUUUGAACAGGACAUGAUAAAGUGUAUGACAGAACUAAAUGUGACUGAACAGAAAUAUCAUAAAUUCUGAUGAAAACAAAAA